AUGAGGAUUCUGGCACUAGUGUGGGCGGUGUGUCUGGUAAGGUUUUGUAGCGCAAGACUCUUUUGUUGGUUUUCUAGUAAAAGUAAAACAGAUAAGAAAGUUACUCCCUCACCUGAUCAUGUUGAUGGUACUCCAAUUAUCCUGGAUCUCGUCACUCCAAAUGAGACAAAGUUAGAUGUGUAUACAGAAACAGAAUCCGGAGUAUCCUUCAAGACCGUUACUCCAAAAAGUGUCUUCCAUAUAUCCUCUGUUGUAGACUCUGGAGCUACUCUAUGGGAGGCUUCUGGAUAUGAAAAGUGUCUUCUUGUAGAAUCUUAUGCUAAGAAUACUACCAAGGUUAUCUACUUGGAAACUUCUGAUAGUACUGGAACUAAGUCUAAAUACUUUGAAAAGGCUGAUGAAGCAUGGAGUGAGAUUGAUAAGGAAGUGUUUGUUGAGAAGAUAGAGAUGAUGAUAGAAGAAUCGGGAAAAGAUGGUCUUACCCUUGAUAUCUCUCAUCCUAAUAGAUUACUAUGUAAAUCCUUCGACUAUUCCUUUGCUGGUAAUGCAAUAAAACUGGUCGUCUCUAACAAGGGUGUUAGCAUCUCUAGGCUCGUGAAUGGCACUGAAGAGGUUUAUACUCGUUCCUCUGGAGAAACAUUCGAGUAUGCCAGAGUUUAUCUCAACAAGGAUGGUACUCCUGAACUUAUAUUAAUCACUCUCAGAACUUUAUCUGGAAUAUCACGAAGAGAUUAUGUAAAGACUGAGAAUGGAUGGAGUGUCUGUAAUAAUAGUGAUGCUACGAUUAAGAGUUUAAGGGAUCCUACAAAUUGCGUAUCAAGUUUGAGAUUGAUCUUUCAUUAG